AUGGAUUCCGCCCUCCAGAAAUUCAAGCUUGUCUUCUUCGUUCCGCCCGCCGCCCUCUCAGCCUGCAAGACGGCCAUCUUCGCCGCCGGCGCCGGAUGUUUCCCAGGCCCUGCCGGCUACACUGACUGCUGUUUCAUAAGCAGAGGCACGGGGCAAUUCAAGCCGGGUUAUGCUGCGAAUCCACAUAUUGGGAAAGUAGGAGAGCUUGAGCAAGUAGACGAGUGUAGAGUGGAGGCGAUAUGUCUCGGUCGUGAGACUGCUGUAAAGGCUGUCGAGGCGUUGAAGAGGGCACAUCCGUACGAGGAGCCAGCUUAUGAGGUUUAUAAGAUGGAAGAUUUGUAA